UGAAUUGCGAUCCCGACGUUACGCAAAAUGUCAACAAAAAGUUUGUCAAAGUUACUUGGAAGGAAUCUUGUGGCAAUAAGUCGUCAUGGAAGUCGACUGAGUUCAACUCAAGUUCAGAAAAAGAAUCAGAAUGAUGCUUCAAGUGGAAUAUUCUCACAAGAACACCAACAGCUGCGGGAUUCGUUGAGAAAAAUUAUAGACAAAGAGAUAAAUCCACAUGUUGAUCAGUGGGAACAAGAAGGACAGUUUCCUGCCAAGAAAGUCUUCAAAACUCUGGGGAAUGCAGGUCUUCUUGGAGUCACAAAACCCACAGAAUAUGGUGGGUUGGGAUUGGAUUACACCUACAGUAUUGCUAUAGCAGAAGAACUUGGUAAUAUAAACUGUGGAGGUGUUCCCAUGGCAAUAGGAGUUCAAACAGACAUGUCAACACCUGCACUGGCCAAGUUUGGCAGUGAUAAGAUGAAGAGAGAGUUCCUGGCACCCUCCAUAACUGGGGAUGUUGUGUCCUGUAUUGGGGUCAGUGAGGUCGGGGGAGGAUCUGAUGUGGCCAGUGUAAAAACAACAGCAGUGAAGAGUGGUGGAGAUUACAUCAUCAAUGGUGGAAAAAUGUGGAUAACCAAUGGAGCACAGGCAGACUGGAUGUGUCUCCUAGCUAACACCAGCGAGGGACCAGCACACAGGAAUAAAUCCCUUAUCUGUCUUCCCAUGAACUUACCAGGAAUAACAGUUGCCAAGAAGAUAGACAAAAUGGGCAUGAGGUGUUCUGACACUGCUCAGAUUUAUUUUGAAGACGUCAGGGUCCCUCAGGAUCAUGUGAUUGGGGAGGAGGGGAAAGGGUUUACCUAUCAAAUGAUACAGUUCCAGGAGGAAAGGUUGUAUGGUGCAGCUGCUGCUGUGCAACCCCUUGAGAAUUUAAUAAAUUCCACAGCAGAGUACUGCAGACAGAGGAAGGCCUUUGGUACAUCCAUCUUAAACAACCAGACGGUACAUUUCAGGCUAGCUGAACUGGCCACAGAGGUGGAGAGUCUCAGGUCAUUAGUCUACAGGGCAACUGAAGAGUAUGUUAAUGGACAGGAUGUGACCAAGCUAGCCUCCAUGUGUAAACUUAAGGGGGGUCGACUGGCAAGGGAGGUAACCGACUCCUGUCUUCAGUUCUGGGGAGGAAUGGGCUUCACAAAUGAGGUCCUUAUUAGCAGGUUUUACAGAGAUUUCCGGCUGUUGUCCAUUGGAGGCGGAGCUGAUGAGGUCAUGCUGUCAAUCAUAUGUAAAUAUAUGAACACUCUGCCACUACCAUCAGGCAAACAGAAGUGAAAAUGACAGAAUCAUGCUCAAGUCUGAUAUCAGAAAUGAAAAGAUAAAAAAAUAAUUGGCAUGUUCAUACUCAGAAUUCUUAUACACAUUUAACUAUACAUGUAUUGCCUGUUUCUUUUUUUUUUCUUGUUUUGUUUUUUUGCAAAAGAGAGUUUGUCAUACAUUAUGAUAUAAUACUGAUAUGUUAUGGGCUUUUUUUCCCAACGUUAUGUUUAUUUCCAAGAAUUCUUUCAUUGGCAUGUAUUUUUCUCAGUUUUCUUAGAUCAUUGUUUUUAUUCAUUUCCCAGUGAUGAUUUAUUAUUCAUUAUAAUUAGCAUUGGGCCUUUAUUUCUUAUAAAUAAAUUCUAUAGAAGCACAGAUUUUCCUGGGGAUAAAAUUUUGUUGAUUUGUCAUCUAAAAUGGUUUUGUGGGCAUAUAAUUUCAUUGUUUAGAAAGUAACCUUGUUUAAUAUAUAGUCAUAUAAAAAUUUUGUGGGGGAUUUAAUUUCGUUUAGAAUUGUUAACAAAAGAAAAUAAACAAAAUUAAUCCCCAAUGAAUAUUUCUGCUUUUACAGUAAUAUUAAAUACACAAAUGUGAAUUAGUUUUAAUAGAAGAAUAAGGAUUAAUUAAGCUGUUUUCUAUAUUGCGCAUACAUGCUACCUGAUUUUUCACUCAAGAAUUAAUCAUUGUUAGUGUUAAAUGUGAUAUUUUUAUAAUUCCACCUUUUUUUGGGUU